AGAAGAGAGGGAGGGAAAAAAAUCAUGUAUCCAGUGAAAAAGAAGGGUUGAGAGAUCCAGAGUGGAAAAGAGAUACAGGAAUAGGCUAAGAGGAAGGUGAAUCAGAAAUAUAAUAGGUACGAGUAAGAGAUACUAAGGAGCAGAGCUGCUAGAGAGAGGGGGAGGGUGUAAAACGAGUGGGGAGAGAUAGAGGGAACACUCAGAAAGGGAGGAGGGUGAGAAAAAGAGACGACACAAAGAGAGUGGAGGAGGGAGAGAAAGAAAGGACAUUGGAAGAGAUAGAAAGGGGACAGAGAUGGGAAGCAAGGGCAAUAGGAAUAGACAUAGGGAAAUCAGACAUUGAGUGGCCGAUAAAAGAGGACGGGGGCAACAAAGCAAGAAAGAGGGACAGUGCAGGAGAUAGACUGACAAAGAGCAAUGUGUGCAUAACCGGAGCAUUGAAAUGGUAUUCCUAUGACACUGAAUAAGAGCAUCUGCAGUACCUGGAAUAUAAACACAAUAUGACACGAUGUGACAAGGACAAAAGACUGUGAACAGGCCUGCAUACGAUGCUUCUUCAAACCAGCCUCUUAUGUGCUUGCCUUGUGCUGAUGGGGGGUCUAGGGGAAUCUGUGUUCCCAGAAGAGGCUGUGCCAAUUACCAAGACUGGAGUUGAAUACCUUCAGACAUACCCAGUGUUCUUAGGAAAGGGUCCCAGCAAGACAGCUGAGAGAGAAAGAGAUCAUCUUAACAUUCAAAAAAUAUUGAUGGUGAAUAGAACACUGUAUGUUGGUGACAGGGAUGCUUUGUAUCAAAUCAUGUUGGAUUCUUACAGCACAGAGCUGCAGUAUCAUAAGAAAUUGAUCUGGAAAUCAAAUCACCAAGACAUUAAUGUAUGCCGGAUGAAAGGAAAGCAGGAGGACGAGUGCAGGAACUUUGUGAAGGUUCUUCUUUUGAGAGACUACCAAACUUUGUUCAUUUGCGGAACCAAUGCUUUCAACCCAGUGUGUGCUGACUACAGUACUGACACUCUGGAGCAGGUUGGAGAUAUUAUUAGUGGAAUGGCACGAUGUCCAUAUGAUCCCAAACAUGCAAAUGUGGCUCUUUUUGCAGAUGGAAUGCUCUUCACUGCUACAGUAACAGAUUUCCUGGCUAUUGAUGCUGUUUUGUAUCGCAGCCUUGGCCCACGUCUAGCUCUACGUAGUGUAAAACAUGACUCAAAAUGGUUCAAGGAUCCAUACUUUGUUCACUCAGUGGAAUGGAAAGAGCAUGUGUACUUCUUUUUCAGGGAGGUUGCAAUGGAGUUCAACUACCUUGAGAAGGUAGUGGUAUCCCGUGUUGCACGCGUGUGUAAAAAUGACAUGGGAGGGUCACAGCGUGUUUUGGAAAAGCAAUUCUCUUCCUUCUUGAAGACUCGUUUAAACUGUUCUGUCCCUGGAGAUUCUCAUUUUUACUUCAAUGUCAUCCAAACAGUCAGCAAUAUUAUGUACAUUGGUGGAAGGCAUGUUGUUUUGGCACUUUUCUCCACUCCAACAAAUAGUAUCCCUGGAUCAGCUGUCUGUGUGUUUGACAUGGAACAAAUAGCUUCAGUUUUUUCUGGCCGAUUUAGGGAACAGCGCACUCCAGACUCUGUCUGGACUCCUGUAGCAGAAGAGCUGGUACCACGGCCCCGCCCAGGAUGCUGUGUCGGACAUUCACAGCCUUAUAACUCCUCACGCAGUCUCCCCGAUGAAGUGCUAAACUUUGUAAAGUCUCAUCCACUAAUGGAAGAUUCAGUUCCAUCAGUUGGUGGCUUCCCGUGGAUAACAAGGACUCUGACACGGAAUCAACUGACUCAUCUUGCUGUGGAUACAUCUUCUGGAGUUCAUGGAAACCAGACUGUGCUAUUUCUUGCCUCAGACUCUGGAACUGUCCUAAAGUAUCUACUGAUGCCAAAAAUGAGUGGAUCUCAGAUAGGCACUUCAACAAAUCAAACUAUACUAUUGGAAGAAAUGCAGACAUACCCUGCAAACAGAUGUGGUUGGGAUGAAGAGGACCAGAGAAUUAUUGGUAUAGAAGUCGAUAAAGGCUCUGGAUCCCUGCUUUUGGCCUACAGCAGUUGUAUAGUUAAAGUGCCACUUGCCCGCUGCCAAAGACAUGAUGGGUGUAUCAGAAGCUGCCUAGGGACACGUGAUCCAUACUGUGCAUGGGACCCUGUUAACAACCUUUGUGUUUUUACCCCACAAGGAAUCAGGGGCAGAUAUGAGCAAGACCUUAAUGGAUCAUGGACCUCUCAACUUGGGGACUGUGAGGGCCUGGUAAUACAGAAUUUUGUUGAGCAGAGAGGUGAAGAGGUGUCUGUUAAUGUCCUGGUUGUCUCGUCUGUAGCAGCAUUUGUAGUAGGAGCCAUGCUUUCAGGGCUAGGAGUGUGCUGGGCAAGUUCACAGAGGAAUAAAAAGCUACAGUGCCGACACAGAGAACUGGACACUAGUCUGAUGCAGGGAGGCUCUGUGCAGAGUGUUAGUCGAGAACUGGGUCAACCAGAACAUGACCCUCUUCUUACUACUUUGAUACAGCGUAAUUGGAACCCAGGACGCAGUAAGGAGCAUACUGGUGGUAUACCUCCAACCCCUGAGCAGACACCUCAACAGCACAAAAAAAGCAAUAGCACCCAUGAAUAUAUUUCUCACUCCUUGCGGGACCCAAAUAUUAUCCUAACACAACCAGAGACACCACCACUCUUAUCUAAACACAUGUUAACAAAGGGAGACCAUGGUCCACAAGACCAAUGUUAUUUGCAACCCCAUGAAGAAGAUCCCCUGUACUUGCCUCUGCAUGGAGGAGAUUGUUUAUAUUUACGCCAGCAUGGAGAGGAACCCUGCUUUAUGACCCAGCACAGAGAUGACAUUUGCUAUAUUCCCCCAAAUGUAGAGGGGAAACGGUAUUUAUCCCAACAUGGGGACAACCCUUGCUAUGUGUCUUCACAGGGAGAGGAAACACGAUAUUUACCUCAACACACUGAAGAGACACACUACCAGCCCUCACAGGGACAGGACAGAAAUUAUCUUUCCCUGGAUGUGCCCUUCAAAUCAUGGACAUCCAGUGAACGUAGACGAGUUGUGUCUGCCCCAACAUGUGAAAGGUUUUACCAGCCAACCUCUCAUGAUAGUCCUCUGCGACCACCAUAUCUGAAAAGAAACCUGACUUUUAAUAGUGGGGAGAGCUGGUCCCAUCCCCGUCAUAACUUCUACACAAGGCCAACAUAUACCCGCAAUGGGACUUCUAACUCAGACUUCAGGCUAAUGUUGCAUUUUGGGAUGCCGAGGACCCCAACAGCACAGUGACACAAAACAUUUAUCUGAAGCAUACAGGCAAUCAUUAUAUAUGGUGGAUUCUGCCUCAUCCACAAUGACCCUUACUGCAGGAUUGGAGUUUCAUCACGUCUCGCCUCAAACUUCUCUCUUCUCUGCUCUAAAUUGUUUUACUUUUAAAUGAGGGUAUUCUCUAAGACUGAUUCAGAGAUUGUGGCUUUUCAAAAAAAAAAAAAAGAAAAGGUUGGGGUGGAGUCCUUUAAGAGAAAUCAGCAAAGCACAAUGUGUUCAGAUAAACCUUUUAUUAAUGUUUGUUUUUUUUAUAAAUGUUCUAUGGAUAGGACUGAAGAAGCAUGACUAUAAGUAUGUAUGUCCUGAGUGUGAGGAUAGUGUAUGUAUGGGUACAUAUGGGUAGAACUAUUGCUGUGGAUAAGGUUACCAGGUGAUUUGUACACUGCACAUACUGCUCUCACAUACAAUAACACAGCCCUAAACAUCAUACGAAGACAUAAGACAUGGCCACACACAAACACAGUCUGUUGAUAACCAAAAAUGAGAAUUUUGUCAAUAUAAUGAAUUCUUUAAACAAUUAAAACAAAGCUCUUAUGCAUAAUUAUAAGCAAUGUAUGAAUGAGGUGAAUUAUAGGGAAACAAAAAAACGGUAUGAAAUUUCUUUUAAACAGAAAUUGUUGUAUUCCAUGAAGCAAGGAAACAAACCUAUUUUGACAAAAUAGUUAUUUCUAUUCAUCACAGACUUAUUUCCCUAAUGUUUUGAGAAUCUGUUGCAGAAACAGUUACCUGUUUGGUCUCGGGUAUGUUAUUGGAGCUUAAUACAUUUCACAACAUUUUUAUUUAUUUAUUUUUUGGUGUUACUGACCCUAAUGACAAAUGCAAUGCAUUCUUUUUGAUGGGAAAACACAUUUAAGCCCAAGAACAGACCACACAUCCCAAAUGGUAUUUUUAACUCAAAACAGAAUAGCAGCAAAAGAAGACAAACUUAGGUGGAAAAAUGCCAUAUGUCCAUCAAUAUCAACCUUUCAGGUAAUUCCUACCUAGCUUCUAGCUGAUCCAAAGGUAUGACUAUGGGAAGGUUGCUUUGCAGGACAAAAGUAGAAACUGAAACAGAAAGCAAGAAUACCACAAACGACAUGACAAGAAGUGAAGAGGAGCUGGGUAAUUAACUAAACUCAAUUCAUUUAUCAAUACUUAUCAGUACAACUUUUGUUCUGUAGGUUCUGUAAGCAAAUUAAAGGACAACACAUCUUCACACUUUCAAAAAAA